AUAUACUCUUGAAUUGGAUUUUUUAUCAUUUUGAAAGAUGGUGGUAUAUUUAUUAAAAUCCUUAAAAUGGUACAGUUGUGGAUUUGUCUAGAGAAUUUUUGAUGCAUGCUCUCUGGUUUUCUGUUAGGAUUUUUAAUCUUGCAGGAUUAAAAAAUAAGAGUAAUGUUUCUGUAUUGCAAUGCUAUAUGAACUCCUCUGGCAUGUUAUGUUCCUGUGGAACUGAUCUGAUUAUAGUAUGACUCAUAGAAUGUAAAAGUGCUUGCUAAAAUGUGAUCUGUGCCUGAUGGAAUAUCUCCAGAAGUUGAAGGCAUCAUCAGAUACUGCUUUAACUUAAAUGAGUUUUAAGUUGGUGUAGGUUUUUUUCUGUUCUUCUAUUGGGUUUUUUUGUAAGUUGAAGUGUUUUUUAGUUGUUUUGUUUUUUCCUCAAACAUUUUACAAAUGCCCCAUUCUACUUGCCUGCUUUUACCAAGGCUAUGCUUCCAGUGUUAUGGGUUUGGGGAAUGGUGGUGAUAAUCUAGGAGUUUGGAUGGGAUGGGGGGAUAUGAGGGGAAGGGGAUAACAAAAUCCAUUACCUGAGAUCAUCCCAUUUUAAUUGCAGACUGAUUACUUGCAUAUCAACAAUAGCAAAUUAGAAAGGUAAUAUAAAUGGGAGUCCAGUCUUUCAGAUACAAUUGCUUGUAUUAUCCACUGAAACUAAUACCUAGUCACAGUAAACUGUGUGAUCAGGAAGGGGAAACAAAGAGUUAGUUGCUCUACCAGUGACGAAGAAAGAUGGUUUAGAAUUUCUUUAGAGUGUGUGGGGUUUUUGUGGUUUUUUUCUUCAGCUUAGCUCUUCUUCCCCUGUUGUACUUUUCUGCAAAGAAAAAGCCUCAUAGUUUCCUAGGUUCUUUUUGUCUGUAACUCACUGUCCUAGACAGUGGCUAGUGCAUGAUGACAGAACCUGUAAAGAUUUCUAUCUACAAAUACGGCCAUACCAUGUAUCAUCUUUUGUCUUAUCCUACUUUCUGCUCAAAACAGGCAAAUUUAUGGGAUCUGUAACUAAUAAUUUAUACAUUAAAGACUUUUGUGAUAUUACUUCACAGGGGAGCUUGAUGUCCAGAGCUACUCAUGUACAUCACAUCUUUAUGAGAAAACCAAGUGUAAAUAGAAAAACUUUUAUAAGGAGCAGAUUUUUUACUGACACUUCCACUGUUACUUUUUCUUCUUACAGAGUAGAUUAUCAGGUUAGUUUGUCUUCUUGUGUUUGUUGGCUUUUUCUUUUUCCCCACCCAGGAACAGGGAAGCUUCAGGAGAAAGUUUUGAUAGACAUUUGAAUCUGAAAGCCAUCCAAAGAAAGUUCUACAGAACUGCAUGUAUUCGGGCUCAUGUGGAUGAACCAAUAGCCCUGUGGAGUUUACGUUCAUGUAGUUUCAGGUAACUCCCCUUCUCUCUGACUGUGUAGAACAAUAGCGUUUGGUCCAAGGUGUUUCAUCUCUUUCUUUUAGAAGUGGAUGUGUCCCCAGUCACGUAGAUCAAGAACCAGCUACACAUCUUCACUUGAAAUAAAAAGUAUAAAUUAUUCUUGGUCCCUUACCUCUUUGAGAUUGGUCAAACAGUGACCUCAUAAAUGCUACUUUGUGGAAGAUCAUUGGAUGCUUAUUUAAUGGAGAGAUAAUAAGUAGUCUUAACGUGGCAUGAUAGCUUAAUGCAAUAUACGUAAGUAUCUUAUAUCCUUUGUUUGGAAUCCUAGUUUAUUUUUUCAUCUAGAUUUUGAUGAAAAGUAAAUGAUUUCUAGCUCAAAUUAUAGUAUUUGAAAAGUCAUGUUAGAAUUAACCUCUGAAACUUGUAUUUAGCAUCUCAAAUGCUACCUUUCUAUUAUGAUUUGCCUUUUAAGUCUGUGCUCAGGUGCUUGCAGUUCUUGUCUUUUUCUCCUGGUUAAUUAUUUUUUUUGUUGUUGCAUUACCUGUGUUUUAGCUUAUGUUUGCAGUGAUAGCUUAUUUAAUACAGAGAGAUAAAAGUUCCAAACUUUAUAAAUCAAUCAGGCAUUCUUAUAUUCUUUGCUUUCAGUCUUUUCUAAGCAAAUAUGUUUAUGGAUUUUAACUUCUGAACCUGUAAACACAUAGAUCCUUCCUGCAACCUAGCAAGACCUAACUGAUUCAACGCUGGAAUAAUUGAAAAUUGAUAUAAAGAAGCAAAGUAUAGAGCAUUUUUGGUUUUGUAGGGGUUGGCAGUAUGAGGAAGGUGACCCUGAGUUAGUAUAGGUAGGGAUUAUAAUGAAUUUCUUAGUUUGCUACCAAUGCAUAAGUGUCCUUUACUUCUCUCUGAUACAAGUUAGCCCAGGCAGAAAAAUUAUCCAGUGCAGUAAAGGAGGAAAUAACCAACAAUCAGUAGAGAGAACAGAUGUGACCUCAAGUGAAAAAAACAAGCCCUAACCCUGUGCUGAAAGAAAACAGAGAAUGCUUCAGGGAAUUGCGCUAUUUUACUUGAGAGAACAUAGACUGAGUGGAUUUUGACUUUGAAGCAAAACUGCCAGUGUUGCAUCAUAAAAAGGUAGGCAUCUGAAUUCAUUUGGAAUGAAGAAUGAUAGAGAGGUUUUGUUUAUUUGUUAAGAAUUGUAAUGUACAUAAAAUGAUAGUUCAGGUUCCUUGAACUGAGAGGCCCAGAACUGGACACAAUAUUCCAGAUGUGGUCUCCCAAGGGCAGAGUAGAGGGGGAGGAGAGCCUCUCUCAAACUAUUGCCCACAGCCCUUCUAAUACACCCUAGGAUACUAUUGGCCUUCUUGGCCAUGAGGGCACAUUGCCGGCUCAUGCUCAUCCUUCUGUCCAGCAAGAUCCCCAGGUCUCUUUCCCCUGUACUAUUCUCUAAGAGUUCAUUCCCCAGCCCGUACUGGUACAUGGGGUUAUUCUUUCCCAGACACAACACUCUGCACUUGCCCUUGUUGAAUUUCAUUAGAUUUCUCCUUGCCCGGCUCUCCAGCCUGUCCAGGUCUCGUUGGAUGGCAGCACAGCCUUCUGGUGUGUCAGCCACUCCUCACAGUUUAGUAUCAUCAGCAAACUUGCUGACAGUGCCCUCUGUUCCCUCAGCAAGGUCAUUAAUGAAUAUAUUGAACAGUUCCUAUCCCAGCACUGACCCCGGAGGGACUUCACUAGACACAGGCCUCCAACGAGACCCUGCCCCUUUGAUCACAACUCUCAACCUUCUUCCCUUCAACCAGUUAAAAAUUCACCUCACUACCUGAUCAUCCAGCCCAUGCUUUCUCAGUUUUGCCAUGAGGACACUGUGGGAGAUGGUGUCAAAUGGUUUACUGAAAUCCAGAUAAACCACAUCCACUGCACUACCACUAUCUGUCCACCUGGUUACAUCUUCAUAAAAGGCUAUCAGGUUGGUCAAACGUGACUUCCCCUUGGUAAAGCCAUGUUGACUGCUCCUAAUGACCCUCUUGUCCUUUAAAUGGCUCAAGACAGCACCCAGGAUGAGUUGUUCCAUCACAUUUCCAGGGAUGGAGGUGAGGCUGACCAGUCUGUACUUACCCAGCUCCUCCUCCUUACCCUUUUUGAAGACUGGAGUGACAUUUGCUUUCCUCCAGUCCUCAGGCACCUCUCCUGUUCUCCACAACUUACUCAAGACGAUGGAGAGUGUUUUAGCAAUGACUUCCACCAGCUCCCUCAGCACCUGUGGGUACAUCCCAUUAGGGCCCAUUUAUUUACAUCCAGAUUGCUCAAGUGAUCCUUAACCCAGUCCUCAUCAAACAACCAAACUUCUUUAACCUGACUUCAUCUGGAGUCUGGGGCUUCUGACGAUUGUCUCCAGCAGUAUAGACAGAGGCAAAGAAAACAUUCAGUAACUCUGCCUUCUCUGUAUCCUUUGUCACCAAGGCACCUGCCUCAUUCAGCAGUGGGCCUGCAUUGCCUCAAGUGUUAGUUUUAUCUGCAAUCUAUUUGUAGAAGCCCUUCUUGUCUUUGACCUCCCUUGCAAGGUACAACUUCAAUGAGGCUUUAGCUUUCCUUGUUGCCUCCCUAUAUCCUCUGACAACACUCAUAUAUUCAUUCCAAGUGGCCAUCCCUUCCUUCCAUAACUUAUAGACUCUUCUUUCACUUGAGUUUGCCCAACAGUUCCCUGUUUAACCAUGUAAGUCUCAUGGCUCCCUUUGUGGAUUUCCUACCUGCUGGGAUGCUCUGAUCCUGAGACUGGAAAAAAGUGAUCCUUGAAUAGAUACCAACUAUCUUGGGCCUCUCUAUCCUCCUAUACCCUGUCCCAUGAGAUGUCCCCUAGUAAUUGCUUGAAGAAGCCAAAGUUGGCCCUGCUAAAGUCCAGGGUUGUGAUCCUGCUUGGUAUUCUGUUCCUACUACACAGGAUGCUGAACUCUACCAUCUCAUGUUUGCUGCAGCUAAGGCUGCCCUCAAACCUUUACCGCUUCAGCCACACCCUGCUUGCUCGUGAGUACAAGAUCCAGUAGAACUCAUCUCCUAGUUGGCACAUCCACCAUUUGCAUCAAGAAGUUAUCAUCGAUGCACUGAAGGAACCUCCUGGACUGUAAGUGACUAGCCAUGUAGGCCUUUCAGCAAAUGUCUGGGUAGUUGAAACUUCCAGUGAGAACCAGGGUCUAUGAUUUUGAGGCUGCUCCCAGCUGGCUGUAGAAGGCCUCCUUAACUUCUCCAUCCUGAUCAGGUGGCCUGUAAUGGACAACCACAACAGUGUUACACAUCCUAGCCUGUUCCUUAAUUCUAACCCACAAACUCUCAACUUGGCCCUCAUCCUCACCUGGACAGAAUUCAGUACAUUCCAGUUGCUCUCUCACAUAAAGAGCAACUCCACCACCUUGCCUGGCUGGCCUGUCUUUCCUAAAAAGAACAUAGCCAUCCAUGACCACAUUCCAGUCACAUGAGCUGUCCCACUAUGUCUCUGUAAUUGCCACCAGAUCAUAGCUCGUUGCCCAUACACAGACUUCCAACUCCUGUUUAUUCCCCAUGCUGUGUGUGUUGGUACACAGGCAUUUGAAGAAGAAAGCCAGUUGUGUAGGAUUCACUCCCAACACUGGCUUGCUACCCUUAGGCUCAACUCUAGCUGGCCUGGUUUUAUCCACUUCCCCCUUCAAAAUUAGUUUAAAGGCCUUUCUACAAGCCCUACUAACUCAUUUGCAAGGAUCCUUCUCCCCAUUUGAGACAGAUGAACUCCACCUGUCACCAGACCUGGCAUCAUGAAAAUUUCACCAUGGUCAAAAAACCCAAAGUUGUGUUGGUGGCACCAGCCUCUGAGCCAUUUGACUGUGUUUUUCCCCUCUCAACUCUGCAAGGCCACCUCUGGUAUUCAAGAGAACAAACUAGAGAACAUGUAUUUUAAGCAUUAACAGAGUUGUUUACUUUGAGCUGAAGUAAAUAGAGUUGCUUACUGUGAAUUAAAGAUAGUAGUAUUUUAUGGUGUCAUUACAUUUUGUAGUUGGCAUCGUCACUAAAAUGGUACAAUUUGUAAGGCCCUAGGUUGAGCUUGCAGAAGUAGGGCUCUAAAAACUAUAUAUAUAUAUACACGCACGCAUAAAAAAAAUUCAACAUCUUAUGAUGAUAGAAUCAUAGAAUGGUAGGGGUUAGAAGGGACCUUUAGAGAUCAUCUAGUCCAGCCUCCUGCAGAAGCAGGUUCACAUAGAUCAGAUCACAUAGGAACAUGUCCAGAUGGGUCUUGAAGACCGCCAAGGAUGCAGACUCCACACCUUCCCUGGGCAGCCUGUGCCAGGGCUCCCUCACCUCACAGUAAAAUAGUUUUUUCUUAUAUUUAAAUGGAACUUUUUGUGUUCCAGCUUCAUCCCUUUGCUUCUUGUCCUGUUGCUAGAUAAAAUAGAAAAAAGGGAUGUCCCAACCUGCUGACACCCACCCUUUAGAUACUUACAAAUAUUAAUGAGAUCCUUCUCAGUCUCCUCCAGACUAAAUAGCCCCAGUUCCCGCAGUCUUUCCUCAUAAGGAAGAUGCUUCAGUCCCCUGAUCAUCUUGGUGGCCCUGCACUGGACUCUCUCCAGAAGUUCUCUGUCCCUCUUGAGCUGAGGAGUCCAGAACCGGACACAGGACUCCAGAUGAGGCCUCACCAGGGCAGAGGAGAGGUGGAGAAGAACCUCCCUUGACCUGCUGGCCACACUCUUCUUGAUGCAUUCCAGGAUGUCAUUGGCCUUCUUGGCCACAAGGGCACAUUGCUGGCUCAUGUUUAGUUCAUUAUCAAUCAGGACUCCCAGAUCUCUCUCUGCGGAGCUGCUCUUCAGCAGUUCAACCCCCAGCCUGUACUGGUGUGUAGGGUUGUUUCUUCCCAGAUGCAGGAUUCUGCACUUGUCCUUGUUGAACCUCAUGAGGUUCUUUGCUCAACUCUCCAGCUGGUCAAGAUCCCACUGAAUGGCAGCACAGCCUUCUGGUGAAUAGCAGCUGACACAAGUUGAGAGGUGUGUUUUAUUCUUCUAGCCACCAGGCAGUAGGCUGCUGAGAGUAAGCUCCUGUAAUAAAUCUUUUUCCAGUUCCACAGCACAUUCCUGAUCCUUUUCCCACACUUAACUCACUUAUUAUCCCACAAAUGAUCCUAUUAAAGCUGGUGGUGAUUACUGUGAAAUGAGGCAUUACUCACUGUGUCAGCAUUGGGUGUCCGUGUUUGUUUUGUAGUUAAGAUUUUGGCAAAGCUGACAUGCCCUAUACAAAGUCAAGGAUUCAAGAAAUGGGUGAAUAAUGAUGGAAGAACAAAUUCUUCUUAAAUUAAGUCAUUAUCUUUGGUCUUAUGACUUAACAUCUAAAAAGAAUGUUUUAAAAAUAGAGUCUCUGAUAUGUGGAAUACAAGUAGUAUUUUACCCUUCUUUGUUUCCUAUAUAAAGAUUUCAAGUGCUGAAGACUUAACAAUUUGAAGGCAGACCAGUAAGGGGAGCUCUUACCAAUAUUUUAAACUGCUUCUUAAAAUAAAUUGCUGCAGCAUGGGCAGUGGUGGGACAGAGACUGACAGUGCUUUGGAAUGUUACUAUCAUUCUAUCUGGAUAUGUUUUUAUCUGGAGAUGAACAUUCAACUUCAAAGGAUGAUUUGCAGUAGAAGAUUUUGGAAUGUGGUGUCUUAAAUAUCUUAGAUGUUUAGUUACCUAAAUUUUUCUUUCUAUGCUGAGGUGCACAGUCUCAGACACAUAUAUUAAAUGAUGUGUCUUAGAUGCAGUCUUCCCUUCAGAUGUUACUGGUAGGUCUGUGCUUCUCUACAACACUAGCGUGCUUUAGGAGUUAUUCUCUAUUGUUACAUCAUUUUUAGAGAGUGAAAAUCACAGGUAAACAUUGAUAUAGUCAGAGGUUAACUUUUAUGAAGGUUUUUUUCACUCUUCAUACAAAAUGCAUGGGAUUGUAGGGUACCUGUUCCUCAGAACACCUGCACCCUACUAUAUUGAAGACACAUACAACAACUAUUCAGUCUUACUGUAUUUCAGUCUGCACUGGGGAUUUCUAUCUAUAUCUCUACGGUGUUGCUGAUAGUACAUAGAAAUGAGACAUACAGAAAGUUACUCCCUCAUUACCCUCAAAAGUGGAUGUUUUUAUUGUUUUACAGUGGACCUGCUUCUGCAAGGGGGUUGGACUAGAUAUCGCUAAAGGUCCCUUCCAACCCUACCAUUCUGUGAAUCUAUAUAAAGGUAAAUUCAGUAUCUUCUCUAAACAAACAAAAACCUAUAAUUCCUGCCAGUUAAGUGUUAGUGUGAAGGAGAGAAAAAAGUCUAAUACUUCAGAUCUUAGUGGCUGUGUUUUUCACAUAGACAGAAAAAGCAAUUUUCUUUCCUCUUGAUUGUGUAGCAAUAAUUAGCACAUUAACUGCAGAGUAGAAACAGACUAUAGAAUUGCUGUCCUGUGAACAGAUUUUAAAAAUGAAAACUUUAGAGUAUUAUUGUUACAGUCUACAUGUUAGCAACAAUAAAAAGUAUAAGGUUCCUGGAAGAAAUCUCAUUUUCAAGUUGCUAUGUUUCUUUUACAAGUCUGCUUUUCCUUUGGUAAAAGCCAUGCAGGAAUGUGCUCAAACAUACCAAGGAGAUCCCACCCAGUACCACAACUGACAGGUAAUCGAUUAGCCAUAAAACUAGACCCUCUGGAAAGAAACAGCAAGCAAAAUUUCUGGAUGACUAUAGAUUGAAGAAGUCAUCUGUCAGAGCUGUACACUUGUUCACUUUUCUAUUACAGAAAAGAUGGACCCAGUCUUAAAUUACAGGAUGUGCAGAAUGAUGGGUACACUUGCAACUGUGAAGAGAUCACUUGCAGAUAAGAGUAUUGCACAUUUCUACAGUGUUGUCAUAGUGGCUGUACUGUCAGUAGUGAGAGAAGGACAUGUUACUCUACGGGACUACCUGUUGUAAAUGCAGAGUUGGAAGAAUCUAGGGAUUUCAAGCUUUGAGUGACAGGCAUCUUACAAGAUUACCACAGCUAAACUGAAAAGGCAGACGCUCUGAGUACCAGAUUGAGUGAGCUGGUGUGUGCACUGCACGUACAUGAAAACGCACAUGUUUUUGUCAUCACGUAGACUUAUUCUUGCAUAUUCCUGAGAGCUUUGCAAUUGAUGAAAAUUACUUUGAGAACCAGAUGGAGCACCUUUACAGCACAGGAAUCAGUAAUCCAUGGAAGGACACCUGCCAGUAAUGUUCAGCUUUCCACAUGGUCUUCACGGGUGAAAAAGAUUUGCAAGAAGAGGAAGAAAAAACACCUUCUGCACGGAAAAAGCCUAAUAAAUACCUCCACAAUCUAAAUCAAUAGCUGCGAGGGAAACAGAAGAAUACAGAGGGUAGAGGAAACUGAUUUUGUUAUGGCAGAGGAAUAAUGUAUGGUCUUUGGCACACAUUGCUUUGGGCUCAAUAGAUUGUGAAAGGACUAAUAAAUCGUGACCAUAUGUUGAGUAAUGAUGACUGGAAGUAAAUAAGUUCAGGAACUAUGGGACAAGUCUGGGCACUGAACUGAGCAAACCUUGUCGUCCUUCUUGAGUUAACCAAGUCAUCAAACUUGCAUAUUCUUUCUCCCUCUCCUUUUUUCCUCUUUUCACUUAGUGUCAUAUAAAUACUAAUUAAUUGAGCUCAUAAAUGUUAUUAAAAUAAAACCGUUGGAAUACUUCAUAUGUUUCCUUCUUGUACAGCUGCAAAUGUUGUGUCUGGAACUAUGAAUCUGUGCUGUAGACAAGCAUCAAGAAGGAAAGAUCCGAUCAAACAAGCAAGGAAAAUACGUAGAGAAAUAGUGAACACAAGAAGUGAGAUUUUUAAUGCUGCUUCUCUUUCUUUUUUAGAUAAUUAUAUUUCUUCCUUCCUUGACUUGUAGAAGAUUUUGAAAGAGUGCUUUCUUGACGUGCUUUAAUUCUAGCAUUUGUUUUUUACAGUAGGAUGAAAAGUCUGUGAUUCCUUGUAGCAGAAAAAAGGGAAAAAGUAAAGGAAAAACAUCUUGACAUUUUAGCCUGUUUUUGGAGGAGAGAGAACUUCAUGGUUCACCUGAGGCAAACUUAUCUGCUUGGAAAGCUAAAAGCUUUAGAGCAUUUUCUGCUAUAAAUGAAGAGGGGGUUUCUUUUUCAUUCGUGUGUGGCAGCAAAAAGUGGGAAAGCAGGCAAGAUAGCGUGAUAAACAGUUCAGGCUCUGUUGGGUCUCUGGUGGAAAAAAAAAGUGCUACAGUGAAAAUUGGAUUGGCUUUGGAUUGCAAAAACUUUUGAGUCCAACGAGUGAUUCAGUACCAAGAGCGAUUUCCAACUGGCCUGGCACACCAGUGCCUGCACAAGUUCGGGUCUGUUGUUUCGCACGGUUUGUGUGCCUUUUUUUCCCUUUAUGCAAUCUCUUUCAGCUUUAGCAGCAGAAAUACAUCAGAUGGAAAAGAUAUGCCAGAGGGCAGCUUGGAAAAGAUGAAUGUCAUAUAUAUACAUAUAUGUAUGUGCGUGUGUUUAAAUUUCUGCAACUGAACUUUUGAAGAAAAUCUGACUGGAGGAAAUCUUAAAAGCCUUAAGUUACUUGAAACCUACACAUUUGCAACUCUUUGUCUCUGGAAUUGCAUUACACUAAACUGGAAUCUCAGGCUGUAUAAAGAUUAUAUCAAGUUGAGCAAAAAGAUGACUUAACCAUUUCUUGAGCGCCUCUUAUGAAGUAGCUGUUUCUCCAAAGGAUAAGUGCACCCUCACUCUACAGACUCAAAAACAAAAAUGAACCUGAUUUUUUUUUUUAAGUGUUACUUUUUCUUAACCAACUGCCAUCAUCUUUUAUAGAGGAAUUUUUCACUAUGCAUUUGGUGGAUAUUUAUAAACACUGACCCCAUCCUCCUCCCUUUCAAUGAUCUAUCCCAGGUCAGUCUUAUCAAUAAUAAUAAAAAAAUUGAUUUAAAUUUUGUGCACUAGACAUAUUACUUUCUUAUGUCAAAAAAUAAAAUCUUUAAAAAGCAUGUAUGCAGCAGUGGAACAUGGGCCUGUUCUUUGCAGCGAUUCCAACAUCCUCUGCCUCUCCUGGAAAGGGAGAGUCCCCAAAAGUGAGAAGGAAAAACCGGUCUGCAGGAGGCGGUACUAUGAGGAAGGCUGGUUGGCAACAGGCAAUGGCAGAGGAGUUGUAGGCGUCACUUUUACUUCCAGCCAUUGCAGGAGGGACCGGAACACCCCUCAGAGAAUCAACUUCAAUUUAAGGGGCCACAACAGCGAGGUUGUGCUGGUGAGGUGGAAUGAACCAUUCCAGAAAUUAGCAACCUGCGAUGCAGAUGGAGGAAUAUUUGUUUGGAUACAAUACGAAGGCAGAUGGUCUGUGGAGCUUGUGAAUGAUCGUGGGGCACAGGUAAGCGACUUUACAUGGAGCCAUGAUGGGACUCAAGCACUUAUCUCCUAUAGAGAUGGAUUCGUGCUGGUCGGUUCAGUCAGUGGACAAAGACACUGGUCUUCAGAAAUAAACUUGGAGAGUCAGAUCACCUGUGGCAUAUGGACUCCAGAUGACCAACAGGUACUGUUCGGCACUGCUGAUGGACAGGUUAUUGUCAUGGACUGCCAUGGCCGAAUGCUGGCCCACGUGCUCCUUCACGAGUCAGAUGGCAUCCUCAGCAUGUCCUGGAACUACCCCAGCUUCCUGGUGGAGGACAGCAGUGAGAGCGACACAGACUCUGACGACUAUUCGCCACCACAAGAUGGACCCGCUGCGUAUCCAGUCCCGGUGCAGAACACCAAGCCUCUACUUACUGUCAGCUUCACAUCGGGAGACAUCAGUUUAAUGAACAACUAUGACGACCUGUCUCCUACUAUCAUCCGCUCAGGGUUGAAAGAUGUGGUGGUACAGUGGUGUACACAAGGAGACCUACUUGCAGUAGCAGGCAUGGAAAAGCAAAACCAGCUAGUUGACCUCAACAAUGGUUCUCUGUUGAAGAGCGCACUAGUCAAGUUCUACAAUGUGCGUGGGGAACAUAUCUACACUCUGGAGACACCUGUGCAGCGUCCCAUCAUCUCCAUCUGUUGGGGUCACAGGGACUCCCGCCUGCUGAUGGCUUCCGGACCUGCAUUAUACGUUGUCAGAGUCGAGCACAGGGUCUCCAGCCUGCAGCUGCUGUGUCAGCAGACUAUUGCUAGCUGUCUGCGGGAUGACAAGGACAUCAGCAAGCUGACCCUGCCUCCUCGGCUGUGCUCGUACCUCACCACUGCCUUUAUACCAACAAUCAAGCCUCCUAUCCCAGACCCAAACAAUAUGAGAGAUUUUGUCAGCUACCCAACAGCUGGUAAUGAACGGCUCCACUGCACGAUGAAGCGGACAGAAGAUGACCCAGAGGUCGGUGGUCCAUGUUAUACUCUGUACCUGGAAUACCUUGGAGGACUGGUGCCUAUCCUGAAAGGACGUCGUAUCAGCAAGUUGAGGCCAGAGUUUGUCAUCAUGGACCCUAAAACAGAUGGAAAAGCAGAUGAAAUCUAUGGAAACAGCUUGAUAUCCACUGUGAUUGACAGCUGCAACUGCUCCGACUCCAGCGAUAUCGAAUUGAGUGAUGACUGGGCAGCAAAGAAGUCUCCCAAAAUCAGUCGAGCUAGCAAAUCACCCAAACUCCCCAGAAUCAACAUAGAAGCUCGCAAAUCUCCAAAGAUGUCACGAGCUGCACAGGAGAUAUCAAGAUCGCCAAGGUUACCAAUAAGGAAACCUUCUAUAGGUUCACCAAGCCUAACCCGAAGAGAAUUUCCUUUAGAAGAUAUUACUCAGCACAACUACCUUGCUCAGGUCACAUCUAAUAUCUGGGGAACGAAGUUUAAAAUUGUGGGUUUGGCUGCUUUCCUACCAACUAACCUUGGUGCAGUAAUAUAUAAAACCAGUUUGCUGCAUCUGCAGCCCAGGCAGAUGACAAUAUAUCUCCCAGAAGUGCGGAAGAUUUCAAUGGACUACAUUAACCUGCCUGUCUUUAAUCCAAACGUUUUCAGCGAAGACGAAGAUGAUUUACCAGUGCCCGGCGCGCCCGGAGCCCCCGCCAGCAGCCCGCCGUGCACCGUCAACAUCCCCAUCGCGCCCAUCCACAGCUCGGCCCAAGCCAUGUCGCCCACGCAGAGCAUCGGCCUGGUGCAGUCACUGCUGGCUAAUCAGAACGUGCAGCUGGACGUACUGGCCAAUCCGCCGGCAGAGGUCGGGGGCGAGGGAGCGGGGCCGUUCCCCGGGCCGCCGGGCCGCUUCCCUGGCGCCGGGGCGGGGCUGGGCCGCGCCGCCCCCGCGCCGCCCGCCCUUGCCCCGCCGCCCCCCGCGCCCCCCGCCGCCGCUGCUCUCGCAGCCCUGGCCGACCUGCGAGACCACAGCGAUCGCGAGCAUGAGCCCCCGCACAAGGCCAAGGCCCCGCGGCCCGGGCCGCAGCUGGUGGAAGGGGACGCCGUCGUGUUCGGGGCCGCUCAGGAGCUGCAGCUGAACAAGAUGAACCCCCCACCGCCCUACCCCGGCACCCUCCCCACCGUGCCGCCCACCUCCCUGCCGCCCCCGCCCGGCCCUCCGCAGCCACCCCUCGACCUCUGCCUGAAAAAGGGAGAGUUCUCCCUCUACCCGGCAGGGCACUACCAGACGCCCCUGGGGUACGAGCGGAUAACAACAUUCGACAGCAGCGGGAACGUGGAGGAGGUGUGCCGGCCGCGCACCAGGAUGCUCUGCGCCCAGAGCACCUACACCCUGCCGGGGCCUGGCAGCUCUGCCACCUUGCGCAUCACCGCCGCUGAGAAGAAGAUGCAGCAGCCCUGCGCCAGCGCCACCCUCAACCGGCUCACGGUCCCCCGCUACUCCAUCCCGACGGGGGACCCGCCGCCUUACCCUGACAUCGCCAGCCAGCUGGCCCAAGGCAGAAGCAUCACGCAGAGGCUAGACAGCACUAUCAUUCACGCAACUCUUCGGAGGAACAGCAGGGAGGCAGCCCUGAAAAUGGCUCAGUUGGUGGAUGGUCAGAGAGCCACUUUGCAGCUUCCCCCCAAAACCAAGAGCAACAUGGUGGCAGCACAGUACCAGCAGAGAGUACCCACCGCCUUGUACACAUGCAGCCAGUGCAGCAGUGGCGGCAGUGGUGGCAGCAGCAACAGCAGCAAUGCAAACACUGGUGGUAUGGGCAACAUCACUAGUGCCAAUACUAGUAGUAGCACUUCCACUAUUGGUGGCAUGAGACCUGAUCUGAGUGCAGGGAGCAGCUCUCAGCACAGCUCUGUUAUCGCUCACUCUGUCAGUACUUCGCCUCUGGCCUCCCAGUCCUCCUACAGCUUGCUGAGCCCACCUGACAAUUCCCGUGACCGAGCAGAUUACAUCAACUCCGCCUUCACGGAGGAUGAGGCCCUUUCUCAGCACUGCCCGGUGGAGAAAUCCAUACGGCACGUACCUGUGUCCUUGACAGAGGCUGCUCUUGGUGUAAAACGGCCACCGCCCUACCAGUGGGACCCUAUGGUAAGUGAAGAGAUAUGGGUUCCUCAGGAAAGGACAUCUCAGAGCUCAGUGCCCAACCCUCUAAAACCUACUCCUCUCAUCAUCGGUCAAGCUCAACAUCUGGAUAUGUCUCGAGUGCCAUUUGUUUCUCCCAAGUCUCCGACCAGUCCCACUGCCACUUUCCAGACAAAUUACGGGGUUGGAGUACCUUACCCAGGAAGCUACAGUGCCCCUCCCCUUCAGGGAAUGCAGCCCCCCUGCUCCCCCAAAGAAGCUCUGGCCCCAACACAGUUUGCACAGCAGGAGCCCACAGUUGUGCUUCAGCCAGGUUACCCAUCCAACCUCUCCUAUUGCCCUUUGCCACCCAUGUACCCAGGAAGCAGCGCCUGCUCUAGUUUACAGCUGCCACCGAUCGCCUUGCACCCGUGGAGCUCCUACAGCACCUGCCCACCCGUACAGACCCCCCAGGGCACCUUGCCCCCCAAGCCUCUCCUCGUGGUGGAGAAGCCGGUGAUGUCUCCCCCACCGGCAGAGCUGCAGGGGCGUGUGGGCACAGAGGUAAUGGUGGAGACGGCAGACACCUUCCAGGAGGUGCUAUCCCUAACAGAAAGCCCCGUUCCUCAAAGGACGGACAAAUUUGGCAAGAAGAGCCGGAAGCGCCUGGACAGCCGAGCUGAGGAAGGAAACGUGCAGGCUAUCACUGAGGGUAAGGUCAAAAAGGAGGCAAGGACACUGACAGACUUCAAUUCACUAAUAUCCAGCCCUCGGCUGGGGAGGGAGAAGAAGAAGGUCAAGAGUCAGAAAGACCAGCUGAAGUCCAAGAAGCUAAAUAAGACUAAUGAGUUUCAAGACAGUUCAGAGAGUGAGCCAGAGCUUUUUAUCAGCGGGGAUGAACUGAUGAACCAGAGCCAGGGCAGUAAAAAGGGUUGGAAAACCAAAAGGAGUUUGAGGACAGCCAGUGAGCUGGACGAAUUCAAGUGCCGGAAGGCCAGCGAGAAGGAGGACGGGAGGCUGGGGAGCCAGGGCUUUGUGUACGUGAUGGCCAACAAGCAGCCGCUGUGGAACGAGGCGACGCAAGUCUACCAGCUGGACUUUGGAGGGCGGGUGACCCAGGAGUCAGCAAAAAACUUCCAGAUUGAGCUGGAAGGACGACAGGUGAUGCAGUUUGGAAGGAUUGAUGGCAAUGCUUACAUUUUGGACUUUCAGUAUCCAUUUUCUGCAGUGCAAGCCUUUGCUGUUGCUCUGGCUAAUGUGACUCAACGCCUCAAAUGAACAAAAGCAGAGACUGGAGCGAGGAAAAUGUUAACCUUCUCGUAAAAUCCAAGCCAGAAAAUGUCAGGGCAGCCUGCUUUAGGUGUGCAGAGGUGCCUGGGAGCGAAGAAGGCAGUAAAACUGGAAAAGUCUCUCGGUGCCCAACAGAAGGGCAGCAACUCUCAUCAGUCAUGGGGUGGAGGGUGGGGGGCUGUUUUCCGUUUUGUUCGUUCGUUUGUUUGUUUUCAGGUGUUUCCUUUUCUUUCUAAGCGUUGUGCUGCUGGGUCUCAGAAGGAGCGAAGGGUUGAGAGCCAUUCAGUGUUACGUGGAGAAGUGUGGCUUUUGGCUUGUUGUGGUGGUUCUGCCGUGUUUGCUACAGUAGCUGGUGUGAGCUCAUAGGGGGAUUAAAACAGACUGCUCUUUUUGAUAGACUGCCUUAUACCAUGCUGUUCUUUUUAAAACCAGGAACAUAGCUUUUUUUUCUGGUCCAGUUUGUACUACUACUACUAUAUCAGUUGUUACUCUACUACUACAUCAGUGAUAGCAGCAAAAAAAAAGCUAUAAUACUUGAAGACAUGUGUUUCUUCUCUGAUCUCUGGUAACAACUGAGCACCACAAGUUCCAAGGAGGCUUAUGUAGGUCAAUGUUUAAUUUAUAAAUAACAAAUGUAUUAUUCAGAAGAGAAACAGCUGUUACCAAUGGGUGGUUUAAAAACCCACUGUGUCAAAGAAGCCAAUGUCUGCUUGUUUCGUGUGCUGUUAUUGAGGGUAAACAUCUUUCGGUAGGUGACAGAAGACAGAGUAAGAAAUAAUUCCAAGCAUUACUUCUUUUGUUAUUGGGGAUAAACAUCUUUCAGUGGGUGACAGAAAACACAGGAGGAAGGAAUCGUGAGCGUUGCUUCUUUGCUCAUAUUGAUCAGCAGUAUUCGCCUACUUGGCCUGUAGGUGGGAGAGGUACAGUGUGACCAAAUGUACCUCCGAGGCCAUGUCUGUACAUGCUCCUCAUUCAGAUGUGUUUACACUUUAUAAACCAAGUUUUUCAAGCAAGUGAGAAAGCCCAGCGUGUUCAGUCUUCUUCGUAAUCAAGAUGAAUCAAGUCUACAGGAGCAUUGUUAGUGCUUGAAUUAGGAAGGAGACAGAAAAACAGCAAGUCAUCAGAAGAAGCAAUUUCAUGAGGAAAGCGAUUUUAUUACAGGAAACAACAUCAUGGCUGGCUGGAGAACAGAGGGAAGAGGAAGGAAAAAUUGGACAGAAUCAUCCCUUUUAUCAGUUUGCUACUGGAGUAGUCUUUGUGACUGUGAUUUGAGAAAAUAACGCUCCAGCUAAGUACGGGAAGCCAAAGUUCACAUGGAGUGUUAUAGAGGAAGGCUUAAUAGCCAUAGCAUGACUCUCUGCAGCUCUUUCUGGUGGAUGUGCAGACCUGUUGAGCGUUUCAGAAGGACUGCUUGCACAGAAGAGGUUCUGAGUUGUUCAUGUGUUGUACAUGUAUUUAUUUGCUUUCUCUCUUUCCUCUUUGCCUGCAUUUUGCUAUGGGAUAUGUUUGGAGUUGGAAGUCGUUUCCCCAGCAAUACACAAAACUGUUAAUGCAAUUAUUUGGACAUUAGAUUACAAAACAUAACUGCUGAUUUCCCUCAGAAAUGACUCUUUAAGUGAAAGGCACACUGAGAAAGAUACAUGGGUAGAGGUGUUGAUGGCCACUUUGUCUUUAAUCCACAAUUCAACUUCUUAUUUGAAAAGCUCAGUAUAAUUUAAAGUGAAUAGGCGUGAUUUUCUCUUUUUGCCCUCCUUAAGUCCUAAUAGUGGGGCAGAUAGGUCCUGCAUUUUGAUUUGUUCUAGAGGAACAUAUUGCAUAAGAUGAGACCCCUCAGUGGUAGAAGUUGCUAGCAUUCAGUGAGCUUAUAACUUCUGCUCUGCUGAGGCUUCUAGAGCUGUGCGGGAGAGGGAGUAAAGCCAGUCAGAGAGGAGUUUCGGAGAGUUACCAGGAGAGAUGACAAGGCAGAUCACCCAUGGGUAAUGUCCCCCAGGGUAAGUCCAGGAAAAAACACCUGCAAGAUGGUUUUCUUGGAGAGAGGAAACAGGGAAGGAAGGAAGGGGAGGAGGGAAGUAGAUGGUACUGUGCCUGUAUUAUCCCAAAGCUCAGCAGCUUCUGCUUGUGUGCAGGAUUGGUCAGGCACAACAUUCCCCUUUGUGUCUAAGAGAUUGUUGUAUGCUUUAAUUAAUGUUGUUGAAUUUCCAUCAGUUGUCUGGGCCUAUUUGUAUUCUUUCUCACGUGCAUGAUUUAUGCAGCAGUUUGAGUGCCUGUAUGUAUAAGGUACAUGAAGCAGACAAAUCAAGAUGGAUUUGGUCCUGGGCCCUUUAAAAUCAAUGGAAGCGUUUCCCUUGGAUUUUUGUGGAUAAAGCACUAUUGAGCCCUUGGUCUAUAUUGAUGUAUACACUGUACAAACACUAGGUCGAAUUCUGACUCCACUGACUGCAAUACACAAGGAAGAAAGUUGGCUGAUGAGAGUCUUCCCCUCCCUUGAGAUCUCUGCUAAGCAUUCUUACUCAAUUAGACUGUAACAGACACACACUGAACACUGUCAGAGAAAAAAAUAUACCAUGGCUUGCUUGCUGAGGGAGAGGCCACUCAAUCACAUGUUAGAAAUGUUCAUCUGGAAGGAACAUCACCUGUAGUUUUAAGCCAAAGUUGUUAGUACAUGGAAACAACACAAAUGUGGGGGGAGUUUUUUCUGAACAAAAUCCAAAUAGGAUGACUUCUGUAUGCAGUGUCUUUAACCUUCAAAGGAAUUGUAUUUCUCUUCACUUGGUUCAUAGCCAAAUUUUUGCAAUUAUCAAGCAUUUAUGCCAAUGGAGAACCAAAAUGAAACCCAAUGUCAGUAGCAGAGUUAGUAAUUUGGUUUCAUUGACCCAAGUCAUGAUUCCAUCCUUCUGAUGACAAAGAGCCUGAGCGUAGAAAGAGACCUUGUUUCUGCCCCAGAAAAGCACAGGGAAUAAUUACCAAAAAUGAGGAAACUAAAUGCAAUAUCUUAACAUACUUUCCAUUUAUUUAUCAGAAAGAAAUAUGAUUUUGAAAAUAAUUUAACAGAAUCCCUGUUACUGAGGAUUUUAAUGACACAGAGAAUACACGGUGUUAGAGAAAAGACUCAGAUCUCUAUAAUUAAAGGAAUGGGAAUGAUGGAAAUGAGUGUGCAACUGGAUCACAAAUUGUACAAAGAACAAGUGAAAGUGACAGUUGUUUUCUUUUUGAUUGAGAUAUAAUAUAGGAAACAAAUUUAAAAGCCCCCCUGCUCCAAACAGUCACUUAAACACUGAAGAUUGCUGUUGCAUUCAACCAAAAGAGAGAUGUUAACAGUUUAUAUUUUGUUAGUGAAAAACAGGCUUUCUGUAGAUAACUAAGUUCUUCUAGGAAGAAUGUAGCAAAAUGCUCAGAAAUAGCCAGUUCUUUUAUACACACGGUAAUUUCUGGUAGUUCACUAUGUUUUUUCCAAAGCUGUUUUUCAGUUGUGCAAUAAUUGUGUCAGUCUAGGAGUUUUAUGAUUUCUUUUGUUGUUGUUGUGGAAUUUUUGUUUGUUUAUUUGUUUGGGUUUUUGGUGGGUUUCUUUAGGGAGUUUUGAGUUGGGUUUUUUUUAAGAUAACUUAAUGCAGGUUUCCUGUAAGUGUCCACAAGACAAAUUAUUUAUCUCGUGUAAUGUAAUAAUUGAUUUAGGGAUUAUUUUAUUACUAUCUAUCAGUGAGUUACACUUUUUUAUUUAUAUUUAAAGAGGAUCUUCGUAAGUAACAGUUUGCUAUGGCAGUAUGUUUUGGUGCAAGAGGUUAACAGUGCAUCUAGGAAGACCUGUUUUUGCUGGAUAGUAUGUAAAAUUUCAUAAAUGCAGGCAGGCCAAAAUUCUUUUUUUGGCAGCUGGACCCUUUGCUAUGGAGGACUGUGUAGACUACAAAGAGGGUAAAUUACUUCUUUUAGACCUGCAGAAAUCUGUCCUCCACUGUUUUUACUCCUUUGUUUCUAACUAUAUCUUUCAGGUGGGAGUAGUUUUUAAAAUAGAAGUCCUGAUUUCCUUUCCCUCUUCUUAGUACAGUGCUUUUUCUCAAGAUAUAAAAGUGAGUUAUGAGAUAAAAGAGGGUGUAACGAUACAGGCUCAGUUUGUAAGAAGUUCAUUGCAUGGUAUAGCAGGGAUUGGCAAUGGAGUGAUUCAGUCCUAUGCAGAGAUAAAAGCAAACCAACUUGGAAUAAGCCAGCUGAGACAUAAGAAGUAGUGUAGCAUUAGAUGCAUUUUCCUCUGCUCAGACUAAUAACACUCCUUCUGCUACACUCGACUGAUUCCAGGACAGCCUUAUGUGCUUCUGAUCUCUCAGCUAGUGCUGCACAGAGCUGAUGGAGCUGGGCCCUGAUGCCAGCAGCAUCUUUGCCUUUUCAGAUUGCUGCAUUGGAGACCUGGCAAAGAAGGCCUUCCUCCACAUCCUUCUAGAUACACUCCAAUGUGAAGCUGCACAGGGGAUUUGACUUUCUUUUGGGCAGAGAAAGCCCCCAUGCCAGCCAGUGGCCAUUUGAAGUAAGAAUCUGGAGUUGUAAAGGAUGCAAUAAAAACAAUGAUUCUUUGGAAAAAAGUGUGGCUGAUAUCCUUGAAGUACAGCUCCUAACAGAGUCUGAAAAUUGGUACUUAAAGUCUGGUAUGAAGUGCACCAUGCAUGGACUGGCAAAGCUUAGCUUGAAAUAGUGAGGAUUUUGUGUUUCUGCAACACCUUAAGAAACUAUGAGAAGGAGGAGAGUGAAAGAGGAAAAAACAAAUGAUCACAUUAAUAAUUUUGCCCUCGGUUCCAGAGGCAGCAGUAACGUGUUCCAUGGGCUUCCUGAAUAUUGAUGAAUCUGCACACAGGUUCAUCUCAAGUUAGAUGAACUUUUCUGUGAUGAAACCACAAGUAAAACACUUCCACAUUUCUCUCUCCACUUUUGUUCCACUGUUUUUGUGGAGAUGCCACAUGAAGAUACCUGACCUUGCUGAAGCCUUGAGCCUAGGUCCAGGCUUUGCUUGACUUGUCUUUUUAAUGUCCUCUCAGAAAUUCCAAAGAGAUUUAGGAGCUUGCCCGAUUGUUGCCUCGGACAAUUUCUGUGCAUUUGCUUUAUGCAGCCUCGUGUGUGUGAUCCUAUCUUACCUUGGUGCUCUGUUACCUGUCAGAAGCAGUUGAAAUCCUCGUAUGAAGACAGCAGCAUGUGCAAAAACUGAUUUGAUUGGGAGAAGUGGGGGAGAAGACAGAGUAAGUUUCCACUAGCUCUGAAGAGUGUGUUUCCCAGAGCAACAGUUUGGAAAUUGCACAUUUCUGCAGAGCCCAAACUACUCCAGACCAGUAAGUCUGACUUGGAGAUUAAGUAACAGAUGAGUCACUUGUGCAGCAUGCUGACAGAGAGCCAACUGCUAGCCUCACUACAUGGUUACACCAAGAUACAUAAGAGAAGAUACAUGAGAGAGCAGAAUCCAACCCAAAAGGUACUUUCCCAUUACUGUGUGAUCAAAAAGAAGGGCUUAUAUUACCCCAUAUAUUCACUUAAAAUUAUAAAGCAUUAGCCAACAACUACAGUGACAGUUCCAUAUAACUCCCCUUGAAGAGUGCUACAAGAAAAAUACCGGCCAAGGAAUAGUCUUUGAGUCUUAUGCCUUUUAUUGCCAUUUCUAGGAUUCCAUCCCAGGAGAUGUUCCCAAGCUGUUAAUGUUAUUUAGAGACUGGCAUGGUGAUUUUCCUGCUAUAAGAGAGAGAGUGUUAUCAUACUGCUGACAAAAAUGGAACAAUUCCAGUAGACAUAUUUUUUCAUGUCAAAUCCCUUUGCCUUCAAGGCAAGUGCAGUCCUCCAUCAGCAAAUACAAAUUGAGAGUCCUGCUACCCUCAGGAGUAGUUUGCAGAUCAGGCACCUCUUUGCAGAGUUGGAAUUUACAUGCAUUGUUCUCAAAGGAAUAAGAUUAGUUACUACUGGUGAACAAUGGGCUAUGUGAAUUAUCUUUGUAUUUAUUUCUUUUUAUUCAAAGAAAAACCCGCAGAGGACUUUUAAGGUUUAAAGACUCAGCUUUGCUUGUUGCCUGGUAUCCCAUUUCAGGAGAUAAUUUCUUUGGGCAGUUGGAUUGUUACUGCAUUCUAGAAUAUUAGAUUUUUAAGACAAAAGCAGUUAACCAAAUAAAAGAGUGAAAUGGGAUUCCAUAAAGCAUUUCUUGCUAAGAAAAUUUAAAACUUCACCCUUCAACUUUUGACUUUGGCAAUGGAUCUAUAAUGAGAAAUUGGUACUUCAAGGCAAAUUGGUUGUUGUGGAACAGUAUGCAAGUGCACAGGUUUGCUGACCCAGAGCUGACUGCAGGAUCCAAACUACAUAGACCUAAAAUCAAAUAAAUUAAAACACAGAAUACUGACCUAUGCAGAGCAUAAAAAAAAUAGACCAUAUGAUGUUAAAGCCUGCAAGUUCAUUCUUAAUCCUUGCCCUCUGUUUUUUGUUAUUAAAAAAUUGAAGAAUACGACCUCACUCAGGAAUUCUGAGUCCUGACAAAUGUUGUCUGUUUGUGGAAUGUUUUAUCUUACUGGCUAAGUAGGUGGUUUAAGAUAUGGGUUAAGGUAAAAGUAAUAAUAAAAGAGAAACAUUUUUGAGCAGUGUGCAGACACUUGAAUUUCAAGUACUUCAUCAGAGUAGUGCUCAGCUUGUAAUCCCUACCUAUGUUGUUUCAAGCUAUUUGUUCAGAACUUUCCUAUGUUUCCCUUUGUUUCUUUUGUUUGCCUGAUCCAUGUUUUGCUUUUGGUUGCCUUUCAUUUCACUGUUUCUACAUUUGCUGCUUCUUUUUCUUUUUGCGUGUAGUGCGUUUCGGGAAGGGUAUGUCUGUUCAAGAUCUUGUCGUUUGUUGUAGAUAAAAUAUAUGGUGUUGUGGAAUAGCAUGGGGAUGCAUUUGAUUGAAAAGGCACUGUAGUGUUUCCUGAAAAAGAAGGGGCGUUGCAUCUGUUAGAAAUGCAUUACUUUGGUACUAUAACUUUGAAAAUGAUUCUUAAUUUUUCUUUCUUGUUUUCUUUCUUUCUGUUGAUUUCACGAGCAUAUAGUCAUGCAGGUGCAUGCGUUCAUAAGCUAGCAAGCCCAGCAUGUUUUUCCUAAGACUUUGGAAAAUUUGGUACACAAUUUGUGUACUUUUACAUACCUAUUCUGUUUUUUAAAAGUAUUUUUGGAAUCUCAACUUUUUCCCCCCUUUUUUGUUGGGUUUUUUUUCUCUCCUCAGCGUACCACGGUAUACUUGGUUUCCAUUGUACUUAAAAACUACCCUGAUCUGCCUCUCCUUUUACGUAUCUUGUGUAAUAGUUUUUGCAAGAGGUGCCUAGAAAGCAUUGUUGGUUUCCCUAUAAAAAUGUGGUUUGUCCAAAUUCUUUACUGUCUACAUGAUUGAGAGAUGAACCGAUUGCUCUAUUUUUCCUUGAUGAUUUGGAGUUGUAAGAGUUGU